AUGUUCGUUCCGAGCAUCACGAUGCAAAUCCGAUUUCAUGACCUUUUGCUUCAAAUCAAUAGAUCACAGAACAAAAGCGAAACCUUAGCCAAACCGAAUCCAAUCACAGGUUUGCUUUCUGUCCUCCCCUCUUUCGUUCCAAGCACAAUCACACGAACCCAAGUUCGUUUCAAGUUCGUCGAUUAUACUCCAAAGCGAAUCCCCAUUCUUUCGUUCCAAGUGCUAACAAACGAACCCAAGUUCGUUCCGAGCACACGUAUACAAACACGAAUCCAGAAGACUGUUCAGUUGCUAGUCGAUGCAGUCAAGGCUAUCAAGAAACAAUCUUCAUCUUCUGAUCUAUGUGCUCUUCAACAAAAGGUUGCAUCGACUGAUUCCAAACUUGACUUGAUCUUAGCAAAGCUAUCGGGUUCAAAUGAGAGGCCACCUGAACCAGAGGGGAAAAAGCUCCACAAGACCAGAUCAAGGAUCAAAGAUGAAUCUCUAAAAGUUCCAAGAAGGAAAGAUGCUUACUUCUCCAAACCUGUCACUAUAUCAGAACCAAUCACUCAGCCAAAGCUUUCUCAAACUGAUCCCAAGGAUAAGGGAAAACAGAAGAUUAUCUUCAAGUCUAAGAAGGAAUUAGGUAAAGAAGCUCAAAUGGAGAUAGAUGAAGAAUUAGCUAAGCAACUGAAGGCUAAGGAAUUAAAGUCUAAACAAGAGAUGCUUCUCAAAAGGAAAUCUUCAGAGAUCUCGACUGAAGAAAGGAGUACAUGGCAUGAUGAACAAUUUAGAGUGUCUUCACCUAAUAGAACCAUCUUCUUUAACCCUGACAGAGAUUCCUAUCAAAAGGUAAAGGUCAUCAAGCCCACAAAUUCCUUCACACCUCCUUCAGACAUCACUAAAGAAAAUUAG